CUUUUCGUUUAAAUCGCUACCGAAGUAACUCCCUCACCUUUUCCGCUGAUUCAUUCCGCCCUCAUCCGUAUUCUCGGACUGUCUCUGCAAUCGACGAGGCUGCACUCCGUACAUCUCUCGUCUCCUUCUUCCGACGUCGGUUUUGGCCCAGAAACCCGUUUCUCUUCGCCGUCGCAGUAUCUGCAGACCCCUGCCUGCGCCAUGAUCAAUCCACUUCUUUGACCGAUACCAGACAAUUAUUGUAUCAUGGCGACCUCAGUCGGCUCAGAUGUCUUCUCGAUUCUAGCCCUUUUGGUCAUCUCUACUGCCGUUCUCCUUCUUCUGCGGCACUAUCUACCUCUCCGAACCACUCCCGCCUUUCUCCUAGUUCCUAUUUUCCUCUCCUUGGUCCUUCCUACCAGCGCCAUUCUUUUGGUACCAAUCGACCUCGCUUCGAGCGCUCGAGAAGGAAACCAUGGCGGCAAGGGAAUAUGGCUGCCGGGAAGAGCAGUAUUGGUGUCCUGGAGGAUCGUCUACUGGUUGACUUUCUUGUUAACAUGGGUGGUCCUCCCUCUGCUGGGUGAAUAUAUGGACGCAGGCUACCGCGAUUCAAGCUCUCGCAUGAUAUAUUCAUUGAGGUCCAAUGCUCGAUACCAGCUCAUUGUCCUAACAUGCGCCGUCGCAGGCUUGGUCUACAUGAUUUUCUCCUACGGCUUCGACUUUACAGCCAUUCGCGCAUUGAUCAUGGCGCUUGCCUACGUCUGGGGCCUCAUCCUCGCCAUCUACCUCAUGGGACACGGGCUGGUCGCAAUACCUAGGAAGAUGUUCAGGCGAUCCGAUAUUGCUGGUAGUUUGCGUGCUGUGCAAGGUCGAGCGCCAAAGGUGCACGAGAAACUCGAAGACGCCAUCCUCUCGCUAGAGGAACUCGAGGCACAGGUUAUGCAACUCAAGCAGAGGAAGACUGGAACUGCCCGAGACUUUCAAGAGUGGAUUGAUGAGCUCGUCGACCUCACCGGUCAGCCCGAGUCUCGCGUCUUCAGCAACCCGACCACGUUAGACGCAUCAGCCAAAGUGCCUGCUGUUAUCACUGAGCGCUAUCUGGCCGACCUGACACGCCGUCUUGUGCGUGCCAGACACCGGAGAGCCCGGUAUAUCCUCGAAUGGGACGGCAUUGUCCAAUCUGCAUCCGAUUUGCAAUCCAUCAUGGACUCAAAAGCGUCCAAGAAACUCGACUUUGGACGUUCCUCGUCUCGCUUUUCCAUCCUCACGCCAUACACGCGCUAUCAUCUACACGUUCAUGUUAUCCCAGCUUUACGUCUAACCCUCGGUGGUCUGUUCUCACUUGCCUCGCUAGCGAUCAUAUGGUCUGAGAUCAUCAAAUUCCCGGCACCGCACCUUUCCGCAGUCAGCUUGACUGUCAUACACCACCCAAGCAAUAAGAAUUAUCAGAUUGGACUUGGUGGCCAAAUUUUGGCUUCAUGUUGGAUAACUUAUAUGUGCGCGUGCGCUCUGUUUAGCGUCAACGAUGUUCCAACGUGGAAUCAGCGUGCGCUGGUCAAACGAAACACCUAUGCCGAAUCCGCGUGCUGGUAUGCUGGGCAGAUUGCCAAACUAACCGUACCUUUGGCGUACAAUUUCUUGACCUUCCUGCCUCGAGACAUCCACCAGUCCAGUACCUUUUACCAGUUCCUCGGACGAUUGAUCAACCUCACGCCGUUGGGGACGUGGUUCGAUUACCUCUUCCCAAUUUUCAUCCUCGUUCCGGUGUGCGCCACUCUCUUCAACCUGUAUGGCCGAAUCAAGUCAGCCUUUGGAUUUGAUAUGAUCGAGGACGAGGACGAGGAAGUGAACCCUUCUGGGUUCGGGACUGGAGGUUGGCGAGAGGGCCGGGAUCUGAUCGCGCGAGAUCUCCAGGGCAACCGCUCGAGCACGCUGGGGCUCAGCGAGUCUCCGCGACCCAGUUCCGACGGCUCCAGACCAACGCGAGGUGCUGCUCCCACGAGGUGGGUGCCUCCUGCGCAACGGGCGGCAGGGCCGGCGGCAGUGUCGUCGGGCACGGCAAACAGACCGGCGGCACGAACCCUUGAUCCGGAACCGGAAGAAGAAAACUUUUUCACGCUGUUUGGUCGACGGGUGAAGAAUACCAUCGACACCAUCGACACUCCCAAAUGGAUGCAACCGACUCGGUCAGCCUCGAGCCCGAGUGGUGGUAGUGGCGGCGGCGGAGGCGGGUUCAAGAGGCCCAAGUGGUUGGGUGGUGGUAAUGACGACUCGGACGCGUCGCAUUCAACAACACCUGGCCAGAGACCCGACAACAAUAGUGGGAGCGGUGGUGGGAACAAUAUCCUCGGCCUGUUUGGGUCGAGGAGUAAUGACGGGCGGAUCAUGAUUUAGUAUAUAUAUUCACGGAGUAUGUACAUUCUAUACGGAGUAAGUUUAUUCUUACUCUGGACAUAAAAUUCCUGUAUGAUUUGACCUCGCCUCUGUGCAUGCAGAGCUAGCCACCUAACACCUGGCUAAGGUAACAAAAAGAC